AUACAACAACGAGCGUCUAAACAACUCUUUGAAGCGCGUUAAGAAGUUCAGCGACUUCCGCGAAGAGAUCCCAGAGGCUUACUACCCCAAGCUGGACAGUCUGACGUCAUCGCGCGGGUGGCCGCCGCGGCAGGCCAACAUGAAGUGGCAGGACCUGAACCGGCCGGUGAACGGCGUCAACGUUCGCGUCUCCGAUAUGGAGAGGUGGCGGAACAAUGUACAGGAGGCUAUAGCAACUGGGCUCGUUGUCUUG